AUGCGCUACUCAUUUGCCAUCGCCGCUCUGAGCCUCCUCUCAUCGGCCUUUGCCAUCACCAUCACCACUCCGUCGUCAGACACGGUGUGGGAUUUCUCCACCCCCAAAACCAUCAAAUUCACUAGCGAUUCUAGUGAUCCUUCAGUGAUCAGCAUCAUACUUCGAACUCAGGAUGGCUCCUUUCAGACCAAAUUGGCGGAUAACGUCAAGACCUCUGAUGGCGAAUACACAACCCAGCCUAACCCUAGCAUUUCCAACGGACAUGGCUACGAGAUCCAGAUAAUUGAUUCUGCCGGCCAGCUCGCCGUCAGUGAUAUCUUUACUGCCAAGAAGGGCGCUUCAGUUGAUGGUACUACAUCCUCGUCUUCUUCCACCACCUCAUCCUCCACUUCUUCUUCCGAGAUAUCCAGAACGACCACUUCUACAUCUGUCACCUCCACCCUGACAUCCUCGGCGUCUUCAGCGCCCACGUCGUCGACCAGUCCUUUGUCUUCCUCAGGCAUGAUGCAACUCCGCAGAGUAUUACUAGGCGAUCGUACUAAUACAGCUUUUUCCAUCGCAGACUCCACCACCACCACCACCUCCUCCUUAUCUACCUCUUCUGUCACGACCACGUCUUCUACCUCUUCUGGUGCUUCAUCGACUAGUGCCUCUGCCUCCGCUCUGCCCUCGACUGGUGCUGCGUCUAAGUUCAGCGCUCCCAAGGGAGCAAUGGCUCUAUUCGGUGCUGCUUUCGCGCUCUUCCACGUUUAG